GGUCACCGGACGAAAACGCUUCAAUUAACUAAAAGAUUAACUGCAACAUCGAUGCCUGGCUGAGGAACAGAGUCGUAUAUUCUUUAUAGUAUUAAGAGCAAGUAUCAGAUUCAGCUACAGUAUAUUGGGCAUAUACAGUAUAUAUACACACAUAUAUAUAUAUAUACAUAUAUGUGUACAACAGAACUCAUCGCUGGGAGCAGGAUUUUAAACCUGUGACCCUUCAGUAACAAACCUGAUCCUCUAACCUCCGUUUUCGUCCUCAACUUAACUCCGUAUCAAAACCGUAGACGUCCACGUGUCAACAUCUCAUUUCCAUCCAACAGACAAACUGCAUGUAAACAUGGAAUUAUAGAAACAUUUAUAGACUAAUCUGCAGAGAGCCAUGGAAUUCAACAUAUUAACUCUACAACAAAUCCCAAAGAAAUAUACUGUAGAAUAAUUUAACGUUAAACCCCAAAUGCAUUUUAAUGAAUCACAGGAAGUAGAAUUUCUCUAUUUCCUCUCUGAUUUUUGUUUUGUUUUUUUUCUUUACAUUUCAAGUUCUAAAAUCUGAGUGGUUUUGUAAAUGAGUAUCGGACCUUUGGUUGUUGUGCAGUUAGUUUAAAACAUGUUGAGAUUUCCAAACUGUGGAUGGUUUAGAUGAUAAUUAGAUAAUUAGUUUUACACCGCAAAUCUUAUCGUCAUUAUUUUAGUUGAUUCACUUAAAUACUGAUAUUAUAUAUAUUCUAGUUUUCUCUCUCUCGUUGUGUGUGUUGAAGUGUCAACUUUAGUGUCAAUAAACACUUCUGUCUUUGCAAAACAAAUAUUCAAAUUGUGUUUUUGGGGAAUUAAAUCAUCUUCUUCUCUUCUACUGGUUUUAUCUGGACACUGUAGGUCUGUUAUUAUUUAGGGCUGGUCCAUUGGACUCGACCCAUAUAUGACUUCAGCACCAUGGACAGAGGCUGGGCCCUGAUGGUGAAGAAGGUUGAUGAGACCCUGACAGGUCGUCUGUGACUUUCUUUAUCAUCCAUCAUGAUCAUUGUAAUUUUUUUUUCUUUUCUUUUUUUCCCCACCUCAGACACGUGAGACCACCUGACAUGAGGCGAGAGGAGAAUCUUAUGAAUGACUUGAUUGAUGGAUACAGCGGUGGAGGCAGGGGCUGCUGAUGGAAAAGGAGCAGAUAAGAGGGGGAGGGUGGUUGGUGAAGGAGAAUGCAGCAAUCACAUUUUUAAGUAUGCAGAAGCGGGCCGUUUCCGGUUCCUAGGCUGGUGUGUGUCCCCACAUCCGAGGCCAGCAGCCGUAUGGGGAAAGCAGCGGCAGACACAGAUGGCAUGGACACUUCCACACGGUCUGCCGCUCUGCCCUGCCUGCUCUGCCGGAGCCCGUUCACCGCCGCCUCUCUCUUCCAGCUCGCUCCGCCGCCCAGCAGCACUGCAGCACAGCACAGGCUGACGGCAUGAGGCUUGAUCCAGUGCAUUUCUCCAUGCUGGUCAUCGGGGUCUCCUUCGCCUGUUACGCCCCGAGUCUCAACUCCCUGCAGGACCAGGCGUACAGAUCAGCCGUGGUCAUCGAGGGCGAGGUGCGCUCCUCCCCGGAGAACGUCUCCUCCCGGGAGCCCUACAGUGUGAAUGUCAAAGUGCUGGACGUGUGGCCCGUGAACAGCGGCGGCCUCGAGAAGGAGCAGCUCGUCACCGUCGGGGACUUCGGUUCCGAGGCCCCGUGCACCACGGUGGAGAAGGACCACAGAUAUAUCUUUUUCAUGGACCCGACCACCGAACCCUUGGUUUUCAAGGCGUCCUACGCCCCUGUGGACGCCAGCGAGCCGGAGUCGAAGAAGGAUGUGGAGAGAGUGCUGUGCGAGGACUGCGCUUCGGCUCCAAAGCUUCGACUGAUGCGGGCUCAGUCUCUGGUGGAGGGGGACAAACUCUACUUGAAGUGCGAGGCGUCCGGGAAUCCCAGUCCGUCCUUCCGCUGGUACAAAGACGGACACGAGCUCCAGAAAGGCAGAGACCUGAAAAUAAAGACCAACAAAAAAAACUCCAAGGUGCAGAUCAGCCGUGUCCGUGUGGAAGACUCUGGAAACUACACCUGUGUGGCCGAAAACUCACUGGGACAAGAAAACACCACCAGUUUAAUCAGCGUGCAGAUCUUGACGAGCACCACACCCUCUCCAGGUGUGAGUCACGCGAGACGCUGUAAUGAGACGGAGAAGACCUACUGCGCCAACGGAGGAGACUGUUACUUCAUACAUGGUAUUAACCAGCUGUCCUGCAAGUGUCCCAAUGACUAUACGGGGGACCGCUGUCAAAACUCCGUCAUGGCCAGUUUCUACAAGGCGGAGGAGCUCUACCAGAGGCGGGUCUUGACCAUCACGGGCAUCUGUGUGGCGCUGUUGGUGGUCGGCAUCGUGUGUGUGGUGGCCUACUGCAAAACCAAAAAGCAGAGGAAGAAGAUGCACAGCCAUCUACAUCAGAACCAGAACCAGUGUGUGGAGCAGCCUAACCGUAUUUUGGCCAACGGGCCCCACCCUCCUGGACCCGGUCCUGAGCAGAUCCCCAUGGCUGAUUACAUCUCCAAGAGCGUUCCCACAACAGAGUGUGUGAUCAGCCAUGGAGCUGAAGGUGCAGGCAACUACGCGGUCAGCCGGAUGUCCACCCGCUCCCACCACUCUACUACUGCCUCACAUGCAUCCAGACACGAGGAGCAGACGUGGAGCAUGGAGCGAACAGAGAGCAUGAACUCAGACUGCCAGUCAGGUGGACUGUCCAGCUCGGUGGGAACCAGUAAGUGCAGCAGUCCAGCGUGCAUGGCGAGGAGAGCGGCCCACUGGGGCUGUGCCGACACUCCUGGGCCGGGGAUGCAGUAUGGAGAUUCUUAUGAUUCUUUAAGGGACUCACCUCACAGCGACAGGUACGUGUCAGCGUUGACCACCCCAGCACGUCUGUCUCCAGUAGAAUUCCACUACCCCCUGUUGCCCCCCCAGGUGCCCACCUUCCAGAUCACCUCGCCCAACACAAGCCACGCCCUUUCCCUGCCUCCUGCUGCAGCUGCCUACCACAGAGAUGAAGACCAGCCACUGCUACGAUGCCCCGAUGAUGGCAGUUUAUACCGGCAGCCGCGGCGUCCACGACGACCCUACCUGACAGAGAGCACAGGAAGUUUACCGUCCAGCCCCUACCGCCUCCCGGACGAUGAAGCCUACGAGACCACGCAGGAGUACGCCUCAUCGAGGGAACCCAUCCGGAGCAGGCGUCGCCCGCGACGCAACCGCCUGAAUGGACACGUCUCCCAGCGGUCAGUGGGCCUACGGGACUACGGUUCACAUAGCUUCAGCCAGUCAGAGGAGGAGGAAGAGGACGAGGAGGAGGACGACGACGCUCAAGGGGAGAGCACGCCGUUCCUCAGUAUGCAGAACAUGAACGUGGACCUGCCUUUGACAGUCCCGGGUUUACGUUCCUCAACUGGCACAGACACACGGACUCACCGCGGCCUGAGUCGGCCAGGGACACGCAGCAACGGGCAGAACCGCAGCUCUCAGUCGCAGCGUUUCAAGGCCGACACGCCCUUUUAGGACCGGACCUCCCCGACGACCGCUCAUA